UCAACAGUUUGAUCCUCUGUGGGGUUGUGGUUGAAAGAGGUGAGGACCUCAUAUUAAAUAUUUUUUAUAAAAAGAUCCUUGAGUGGUGGCACAGAUAUUUCUGCUCUCUCUUGUUCAUGGUGACCCUCACUGUCUGUCUCAGAACACUUUACUUUAGAAGUUCUGAGAAAAUUUAAAGCAAAUCUUUCUACUUUUUAUUAUGGCACUCAUAAAUUGCACAUAUUAAAUAAUAUUUUUGAAAAAGUCUUGAAAGGUGACACAGAUAUUUCACCUCACUCUUGUUCAUGGUGACCCCCACUGUCUGCAUGUCAAGUUUCAUUGGUUUCACAAAAUAUGGGAGUGAAAAAAUAGUGCCACGUAAAUAACUGAGGGGGUGGGGCAGAGACACAGAGUGCUCGGUGCAUGAUGGGAGUUCCUCCAGGUGCCAAGUUAAUUCAUUUUCAUCAAAGAAACAUAUAUAAUAUUCCAUUUCCCUAUACCUGUUAUUAUUGUGUGGAGAUUAAACCAAACACAUACAACAACAGUGUCUUUCUGAAGCAACUCUGUCUCUGUUACCAUUCCUGUGUUCAGAGGACAAAGAAACUUACUCAAGAAGAUAUUUAAAAAUGCCUGGAAUUUAGUUCACUUGAAGACUGCCAUGGAGGGACAUUUGGUAUAUUAAUAGAAAACCUGUCUGUCAAUUGGAGGCCAGUUGGGAAACCUAUUAGUAAAAAAGCUCUUGGUAUAAAAUCUCACUAUCAUUACAAAUAGUGUUUAUGAGGUCAAAAAAUGUGUAAAAGAGAGAACGUGCUCAUAUAUCCCGUGUCUCUAUGGUAGACAAGUUCAUUGGAGGUCUUGUGAUAUUGCUUUUUAAUAGUUUUGAAUAUUUUUCUGAGUGGAGCUUUUCCAUGUGAAAUCACAGCCGCUACAAUAAAGAGAGAGGACACAUCAUGUCUUCAUGAUUUCUAUUCAGAUGAAUGAACUCUUCUUACAUACAAAACAAUCGUCGUCUGCUGCUCUGCAUCCACAUUGAGUAAUUCAUGACUUUCUCAACAAUAUUAACAUGUUGUUCAUCAGUAAGUUUAAUUUUUCCUUAAAAAAUAUACAAUGUAAAUUCUUAAGUAAUAUCUAUGUCGGUAUUUGUAUAUAAAAUGUAUAAGUCAAAUGCCCCCACCCUCAUUAUCUUGAAAUUAAAUAUUUAUAAAAUAACAUUAUGUUAUCUGCUCCACUCACUCUUUCUUGUCUUGUUAAUAUACAUAUAUUUUAUAUAACUGAUUUCCUGUUGCUAAUGAAUUCGUACAUUAAAAAAAGUUGAAUAUUUUUGUAUGUGUUUAAAGUAGUGAGGGAAAUGCACCGUCUUUCAUUCACAGGCCUGCACAUUGACGGGAGCGCCUCUGACGUCAUAUAUGUGCGACAGCGUGUAUCUCCUCAGCAGCAGCGGCGGCGGCGGCGGAGCUGGAGGUGGAGGACCUUCCAUUCAGAGUCAGCGUGGAGGACACGUCCAGCAUGGUGCACCUCGGAGUCUGGUUCCUCCUGCUCGGCUCGGUGCGGUGGCAUCACAGCCGCGGUGCUGCAGGCCACUCUGUGCCCGGCUGCCUCUUGCAGCUGGAGUUUAAGUGCGGCGAUGGUUCGUGCAUCCCGAGGUCGACGUUGUGUGAUGGACGUGCAGACUGUGAGGAUGGUUCAGACGAACAACACUGCAGUCAUGUGUGGUGUAAGAAAGAUGAAUUCACAUGCCGCAGCAAACGGUGCGUAUCCACAAGUUUCUUAUGCAACGGCGUCGACGACUGUGGCGACGGCAGCGACGAGGCAUCCUGCCAGAUCUGCACCACUGGCCUCUUCUCCUGCGGUCCAUUUGACGUUUGCCUGGCCAGAGACAAGCUGUGUGAUGGACGGACCGACUGCAAGGACGGACGGGAUGAGACCCCGGAGCUGUGUGGUCGGACCCAGCCUCGGCCACAGAGCUCUCACACAUGUGCAGCUUCUGAGUUUCCGUGUGGAGACGGGCAGUGUAUCCGCCAGGCCUGGAGGUGUGACCACGCACCCGACUGCUCUGACGGCAGCGACGAGGACAACUGUGAUCAGAAUGAGUGUCUGGUAAACAACGGCGGCUGCUCUCAUGGCUGUGAGGACCUGAAGAUGGGUUUCGUCUGCCACUGCCCAGAGAACACGAGGCUGGUCGGGGACAGUCAUUGCGAGGAGGUGGACACAUGCCUGAAGAAAGAUGUGUGCGAUCAACUGUGUGUUCACGUGAACGGCAGCUUCGCCUGUGACUGCCUCGAGGGCUACAGCAUGAAUCCAGCCACCAGAGAGUGCAAAGCCAAAGGAAAUCAGGCUGAGGUGGUUUUCACCUCCUCUAAAGGAGCACAAUGGAUGAGCGUGACUGGCACAGCGCACAGGGAACUGGCCCCACAUUUAUCAGGACAGGGGCCUGUGGCGGCUUUGGCCUCAAACCACACACUGUACUGGGCCCGGCGAGGACGAGGCGCUAUAUACAGGGUCUCCAUGAAUGGAAAACCACAGGAUGCCACAUUGCUGCUGAAAGUAAAAGGUUCAGUGUCGGGCCUGGCCGUGGACUGGAUCCACCAGCUCCUCUACUGGUCCGGCGUGGAGAGUGGUUCCGUGAACGUCGGCCUGCUGGAUGGUUCGACACAGCGUCCGCUCAUCACAGGGCUGGACAAACCUUCUGCUGUGGCUGUGGAUCCUCUCAGAGGGUUUCUCUUCUGGGCUCAAUGUGGCAGCUUCCCAAAGAUUGAGAGAUCUGGCUUGGACGGCCGAGACACUGUGGCCCUAGUCACUUCCUUGAUACGCUUCCCCGCUGCCCUCUCUGUAGAUAUGCCUCGUCAGCUGCUGUACUGGGCUGACCAGAGAAGCAUCUCCAGAGUAAAUUUUGAAGGCCGUGAUCGUAAAACAGUGGUAGAGUCUAAUGGUUAUCUGGACCGACCCUUCGGACUGGCUGUGUUUGAGGGUUUUGUAUAUUGGAGUGAAGAAGUCACGCACUCCAUCUGCAGAGCAAACAAGCACAAUGGCAGCCAACUUCAAGCACUGCUGACAAAUGUAGCGUCACCGGGGGGUGUGGUCGUCGUUCAGCCCAUCCUUCAGCCCGAUGGGUCAUCUGUGUGUGGACGUCCCGGGGCGGAGUGCCGGCACGGGUGUGUGGUCGACCUGCUGUCUGAGAGUCCAGAGUUCAGCUGUGUUUUUCCAGACACCGGACAAAAUAAUUCUCAAGAAACUCCUGCUGUCUCUCGCUCUGUUCCUGCCUCGAGUUUAUCUGAUCCCACAUUCACUGGAAUCCUCUCUCUCAUCAUUUGUCUCAGUUUGCUGCUGGUGGGGAUUGCUGUGUGGUGGUGGAGAGAGGAGUUCAGUCCAUCCAGGCCUCUCACUGUGCAGAGUUUCUACCUCAAAGAAUCUCAGGACCCGCUCAUCAACCAGGGGCCAAGGUGAGAGAAGAAACUCGGCAUAAGCUGGACUUGGACUGGGAACGAAGAAAGUGUGACACAGACGGCCAGCUGACCGGGCUUCACCUGGUGCUUCUCAACCCCCGGACUGAACGACAUGACGGCAAACUCUGCUGAUCACAACUCCCCCUGGAGGUUAAAUCUCCGGAGAGGUGACUUGGUGGUAGAUGAGUGAGAUCAGAGAGGAGAAAGGGCCUUUGAACACUCAUUCCUGUUGUACCUUCAGUUCUGGAGGAGUAUUGCAUUCAGCCCUUUUACCUCUACAGUAGAUUAUCGUUGUUGUUGAAGGCCAUUGUCAAUUUUGAUGCUGAAACAGCUCAACAAGCAUUCAUCUAUUUAUUUUUUUGUGUUAAAUAUUAAUAUGGAUAAAAUAUUUUGCUUAAUUUUUAAAGCAUAAAAAUCUCCCAAAACGACCAAUGGAAAGAUAAUCUGUUCAGAUUAGAGAUUAAAUUAUUAGUUGACUGAUCAAUAGAUCUCCAACAAACUGAAAUGAAUUUGCAUAUUUUCAUGACUGAUUAGCUGGUUUCAGAUGAGAUUUAUUCUGCUUUUCUUUCAAAUUUGAGAGUAAAAUGAAAAUAUCUUUGGGUUUGGCACUGUGGAUGAGACAAAACAAGCAAUUUGUGUUCUGUGGGGAGUGGUGACAAAUUCAUUUCACUGUUAUCUAGAAUUUCAGAGGGAAAGAAUCAUCGAAGAAAAUAAUGACUCUUUACAAUUCCAGUUUAUUUUUAGUCACUUUACUUUUCCAGUAUUAACGAUGGAUUGGAGGUGUUGUGAAUAGUAGAAUCUCCUUCCAAGAAAUAUGUUAAUUCUUGGCCUUCAGGUUUGUCAGUAUUCAAUACAAAACAACUUUAUUUGUCCCCGGAGGGAAAUUCUAAGAUACUGUAAUCUGUAAAAAAGAUAUUGUUUUAAAAACUUUACGGACUUCAGCCAAAUCUAACGAAGGAAAACCAUUCUACACUCUCAGUUUAAAAACUCCCAAAAGUGCACUGGACUGAGAAAAUGAUUUUUAUUUUUAUUACAGUGUAAGAAUACUUUGUAUUUAUUCCACACAUGGCCUUGAUAUUAUAUGUGCAAACUGCUGCCUUUGUACAAUAUUCAUUCAUCAAUUCACAGUGAUUUAUGCAAACUGAAGUUAAAAUGGCCUUUGAAAGGUUAAUGAACAGAUGAAAGCCCUGGGUUUGACUCUCACUGGGGUUUCCUCAUCUGGAGUCGUGGCAGAAUAGCAUCCUUCGGUUUCAAUUUAUCCAUCAGAGGAGGUUCUGAUACGGCUUUUCUUAUAGUUUUUACUGAAUACUACUGAAACUGUCUUUGAAUGUCGGGAAAUGAUUGAUGCUGAUAUUAACAGGAAGCCAGCAGCUGGUUAUCUCAGCUUUAUUACAGAAAGGGUUGAAACAAUGAUCCUGACUCUGUCCAGAGGAAAGAAAAUCCACCUUCCAGCAUCUCUACAGCUCGGCCUCUGUAGCUUCAUAUCUACUGUGCAGACAUGAGAGUGGUAACAAUCUUCUUUUCUAACUGUAAGAUAGUAAAUCAGUGUCUUUCCCCACAUUUCAAACUAUUGAUUUUAAAGAAAUAAAAAAGAAAAUGAAGUGUAGCUUGUUCAGAGACAAUAACACUGUACAUGUAGUCAGUGUUAGGAGUGUGAGUAAAGAGACCAAGAGGAUUUCUACCAUGGGAACGAAUGUGUGUUUUGUUAAAUGUCUCCUAGAGGUUUGGAUUUGCUUGUGAAUGUUUGAUGGACUUGCCUUGUCGGAUGUCCAGUCUCCUUGUGUUCUUUUUUUCUCAGAUGAUUCUGUAUGAGUUCUCAAACUGUGUGAGUUUCGCUGUUGGUAUUUAUUUCUAAGGAAGAGUUUUAUUUAUAUUUGGGCGACUUCACAGUCAUUGUUGAACUGUGUUUGCGCCACAUGGGAUUCGCUUGAAUGAUGAAAUGCGCUUGAAUGAUGAAAUGCACAUGAAAUAAAUAUCAAAAGUAUUUCA